AUGGAACCGGGAAGCUCUCAAACACGCGCCGCCACGGUCAAAUAUUCUCCAUCAGUCAAUGUCAACCCUAACCCUGGGGAAGAUGAAGCUCUCAGCGAACCAAAACGCCCGCUGAGCAAAAGAAUCCUGGCCAUCAUAUGGGACUCCUGGGAUAAGACGCCUGAGGAGCGUGCAUUUAUCGCCAAGAUUGACUGGUGGAUUCUGAGCUACUGCUGCGUUGCGUACUUUGUAAAAUAUCUGGACCAGACCAAUGUAUCCAAUGCAUACGUCUCUGGAAUGAAAGAGGACCUUACCAUGACUGGCAAUGACCUGAAUUAUUUAACGACUUAUUGGAACAUCGGCUACAUCAUAGGUCAGCUCCCGUCGCAAUACAUGCUGACCAAAAUACGCCCUUCUAUCUGGCUUCCCACCCUUGAGCUCACAUGGGGUUUCCUCGUUAUGGGAAUGGCUGGUUCGAAAAACGUGGAGACCUUGUAUGUUUUGCGCUUCUUCACCGGUCUUCUUGAGGCGAGCGCCUAUCCUGGUAUUAUGACUUUGUUGGGUAACUGGUACACUCCCACAGAGCUGGGAAAACGUGCCUGUAUCUUCCAAGCCUCUAGCAGUGCAGCUCAAAUGUUUUCGGGAUAUCUUCAAGCCGGACUUUACUCUGGCAUGAAUGGCCGCUCCGGUCUUGCAGCCUGGCGAUGGUUAUUCAUCUUUGACGGCAUCAUCGGAGUACCCGUCGCACUCUAUGGCUACUGGGCUAUCCCAGAUGCUCCAACAUCAUCCAGAGCUCGUUGGCUGAAUGUAAAGGAUCGGGAGAUGGCUAUUUCUCGCAUGGAGAGAGUCGGCCGUGCUCCGCUGAAGAAGCUCACGUGGCGUACAAUCCGAAACAUCGCCGUUAAUUGGCCAGUCUGGAUCUUCAGUGCCAUCUUUAUUGCCCAUGUCUGCGCCAUCAAGAUUUACAGCUACUUCAAUCUUUGGCUUAAGUCGACUAAUCUGUAUACGACGGAGGAGAUAAACAUCAUUCCAACUGCCGGGUACGGGCUACAGAUCGUGUGCACGCUCACUUAUGCCUGGGUGUCGGAUGCAAUCCAAAGUCGCUGGCCCCUCAUAAUUGUCGCGGCCACGGUGUCGUUGAUUGGAACAAUCAUCCUGUCGGUCUGGCCAGAACAGAAUACUACUGCUAUGAUGGCUGGAUGGUUCCUCACAUUCUGCGAGACCGGCGCUGGCGCUCUCAUUAUCACCUGGAUUAACGAGAUCUGUGGACACAAUGCCGAGCACAGAGCCAUCAUCAUCGGCGUUGUCGAAACCAUGGCCUUCACGUUUUCCGCUUGGGUCCCGCUGCUGAUUUACAACACGAGCGAGGCGCCGCACUUCAGGAUUGGGUACCAGAUGGCAUCAAUGUUCUUUGCUAUCGAGAUUGUGCUGACGGUCGUCAUCUUAUUUUGCUGGAAGAGGUGGCCGCAAAGGAAUCAUCUUGAUACGAUCUAG